AUGGAAGGCUCAUCACUGGGAUUAUCAGUCCGCGAUCCCUCAGAUGCACAUGUUGAAACGACUACAUUGCCACCGGCUAAAGCGAAAGGAAAGAAGAGAAAUUUGGAGCUAAAUCAAGAUAUCACAAAACUAGACGACGAACAUUUAAAAAACUAUGUUGCAAAUAUGUCGAAGGAACACUAUGAAGAAGCACCCAAAAAGCUACAGAUCGAUACAGUCUGCAAUCUCGCCCGUGGCUAUCAUAGCUUCGUGCUUGCUGGAACUGGAUAUGGGAAGUCGAGGAUUGGCGAGCUCUACUUUCACAUGUAUGCGCCGCAAAGGAAGCCGGUAGUACUUGUACUUAACCCCUUGGAUUCCUUGGGCGAGGAUCAAGUUCGCGAAAAAACAAAAGCAAACAUCAAGGCAAUCAGUCUAGGGAAAAUGGUACUGACAGAAGAGUUAGCAGAGGAAAUAAAGCGAGGAGACUAUGCCUUUGUUUACCUUAGCCCAGAAGUUUUCCUCAACAACAGUUUGUUUACCGAUCUUUACUUUAGCAACGAGUUUCAGAGCCGACUUGUGCUGAUUGUCAUAGACGAAGCACAUAUGAUAUAUGUGUGGGGCCUUGUCGAAUCGGGAAAAGCAAAAUUUCUCUCAGUGCGAGAUCGUCUUCAAGACUACGGAAUUUUCCGUCCAUCGUAUGGCAAACUUGGUGAUCGAUUGAUGGCCACCAACAAUGUUCCUCUUCUGUUGCUAUCUGCGACCUGCCGUCCAGUUGCCGUUGAUGCCAUCCUAGCCAGCUUGAUGCUUAAAAGAGUCAAUAUGCCUUUCUUUCAUGGUGAACUUGUACGAACCGAAAUCCGAAUCUUGAGAAUCACCAUGCAAAAUCCACUCAAAUCUUGCGAGGACCUAUUUAGAAUGUUCUCAAAAGAAUCAAAGAUCAAGGAUAAAGAUUUACUGCCUACGUUGAUAUAUUCCGGUACUCGCAAAGCAACCCUAAGUGUGAUCAACGUCCUGAAUAAAGCACGAGGAAAAAAGAAAGACAAUUACGAUAGCAAGAGUCCGCUUGUCCGACGCUACCAUGCAUGUACCGGGGAUGAAGAUAAAUUGGAUUGUGUGAAAGACUUUGAUAGCGACAAAUUUCCGAUCUUCUUGAGCACAAUGGCACUUGGCUUGGGCCAAAAUUGGAAGCGAGUUAGAUGUGUCAUACACAUGGGUCGGGGUGAUCCAUCCACAAUUAGUCAGAUGAUGGGUCGUUGCGGACGAGAUGGAAGACCUGGAUUAGCGCUUUUGUUUAUGGAACCGAAGAGAAAGAAAGGAAAAAAUUCUGUGAAAGACUUUGAGGCUGGAAAAAAGCAGCUUACCGAUGAUGAUCGAAUGGAUGCUUAUGCUAUAACCCCGGUCUGUCUGAGAGUGGCCAAUGCCGUGGAUAAUAUCUAUGGAUACAUACCGGUUUCUAAAGACGACCUGAAGUACCGAAAAGAAAAAGAUCGUGCAGACUACCUCAAAUUUGAUUGCUGUGAAUGCUCAAACUGCAAUCCUGAGGCCGCACAAGAUAUCCACAAAUUAGCACACCUGUUCACAAAAGAGAACUUCGACAAGAUAUUGGAAAAUCCUAGUCAGUUUGCAGAGGGUGUCCCUGAUUACAUCCAACCCAAGAAGCAUCGACAUAACAAGCGAAAGUACAAGAGCCGGUUACCUCAAGCUGCUGUGAAGAAGAUUGCCGAUGAUCUUAUAGUUCAUUUUGAAUUGUUCUAUCAGGAUCUGAUGGAUGAACGGCCGGAAUUCAAAGCAUCAAGAUUUUUUGGUGCAGCACAGGCACAGGCUGUUGCGGAGGCGUUUGAAUACAUCGAAGAACCCAGCUUAAUUGCGAAACUCAUCGGAGGAGAGUGGUUUGAUAACCAGAUCGACACAAUGUUCUCUUUUGUUGAGACAUACAAAAAAACUGAGUGGUUUGAAAAACAGGUAUUUGAGAUAGAAGAAGGGAAGAGAACAAAAGAAUCUCAGGAAAGAGAGAAGGUGGAGAAAAAGAAACGAGAAGAAGAAGAAAAACGACAAGCAAAUGAAAAGAGAGAAGCAAUCAAAAUUGCAAAACGAGCUGAGGAUGCGAUUGCCUUGGAAAACUUCAAGCGAAUUCGAGCGGCCGAAGCUGAGGAAAGAAGAUCUAGAGGAGAACUUUCGGAGCCUUCAAAGCAAUCGUGUACCACACAACCAAAAGCUAAACGGGUUCGAUUAUCGCAAGAAGAUAGAAAGAAACGAGACGAUCAAAUUUUGGCCGAAAAAACUGCUAAGCGAGCAGCUGAUGCAACUGCCCUGGAAGAAUUCAAGCAAAUCCGAGCUACUGAAGCCAGGGAAAGGGCAAAAGAGUUGGAGGAAGAAGGGUAUAAAGAUUGA